AUGCCUCAUGAUCAAAGUUCCAAGAAAUCUGUAAAAUGUAAACAUUCAAAUAAUAAUAAUAAUCAUAAUUGUGAACAUUCUAAAUUAUGUCAUCAAUCAUGUGGAUAUUGUUCACCGAAAUUAGCAUUUGAUUUAUUCUGUAGUUGUACAAGUGUACGUGGUAUGGCAAAAAUACGUCAAGGCCCAAAAGUAUUACGUAUUAUGUGGUUAACAUUUGUGUUAAGUAUGACAUUUCUAUUGUUAAGUUCAACAGCAUUAUUAAUUAAAGAUUUUUUAAAUUAUGAUGUCAGUGUACAUACUCAAUUGAUUAUGGAUAAUCCAUCACCAUUCCCAGCGUUGACUGUUUGUCAUCAACCACCAUUCUCCUAUGAAGCAUAUAAAUUAUGGAAUCAAUCGAAAAUUUUAUCCCCGUCACAAUAUAAUUUAUACAUGAGAAAAUUGAUUCUCGACGCAUUACAUAAAAAUGAUGUGAAUUCAGCUAGUUCAAUUUGGAGUUAUGAUAGUUUAAGUGUUUAUUAUCAAAAUUUAAAUUAUCAAGAUUCAUUAACUUUAGGACAUAAUCCAACAAUCUUCUUGAAUUGUAUGCGUAUCUUUUCACAUAUGUCAGCAUUUGAAGAUAAUUGUACUCUGUUAAGUGGUUAUCGUAUUAAACGUUUAUCACAUCAUCAAUAUUUAAAUUGUUACACAUUUGAACCGGUUAAUAUGAAUGCAGCAAAUGAGACAACAUUUUUAAGUUUAAUUGUUGGUAUGGGUCCAAGAGAUAAAGAUGUUAAUUUACAACAAGCUUUCCUACCGGAUGUCUUUGAACAAGCUCGUGGACUACGUGUAGUAAUACAUGAAGCUGGUACAAUGCCUGAUUUAGAAAAAAGUGGUAUUCAUGUUGAACCAGGUAAACUUAAUGAAAUCAAUUAUGAACCAAUUAGAUGGAAACGAUUGAAUACACCGAAACGACCAUGUAUUCGACCGAAUGAAUCACAUCAAUAUUUAGAUUUAGAUGUAAAAUAUAAUUAUACGCAUACACAAUGUUUAUUAGUACAUCAACAAAUUGAAAUCAUGAACAAUUGUCAUUGUAUUUAUGUUAUGCAUCCACGUUUAGUUUUACCAAGUAAAACUUUACCCUAUUGUGGUCAAUUAUGGCCACAUUUAAAUCAAACUGCAUUCAUAGAAAAAAUACUAUGUCUUAGUAAAUAUUUAAAUAAUUCUAUUAAACAAAAAUAUGAUGGACAAAUGUGUUUUCCACGUUGUGAAUUCUAUGAUUAUGAAAGUACUACAUCUGUUACAAAAUGGCGUGCAUAUCCAUGGCAAUUGUAUUGGUUACGUGUACAAAAUCAAGCUACUCAAUGGUUAUUAAAUUAUCAAGAAAAAUAUCCACAUCAAAAUAUCACUACAACAGCUGCAUUUAAAUUAUGGGAAUUUUAUUUAAACUAUCCUGAUUUAACACGUUUACCAAGAAAAAGUGAAUUAUUAAAAGAUUCAAGUAGAACAUUUUUAGAAAUCUCUUCAUUAUUACCGAAUUGGCCACCGGAAAAUUUAGAUUUAGACAGUGAAGAUUUUGCUUAUGUUAUAUUAAAACGUAAAUCACAAAGUACAGUUGAAAAAACGGAGAAAUUAAUUUUAAGUUUAUAUGUAUUAGUUAGUCGUAUAGGGGGUUUAUGUUCAUUGACAAUUGGAUUAACUGCAGCAUUUUUUGUGGAAUUAUUUGAAUUUGGUUAUUUAUUGUAUAGAAAUAAUGUUAAAUCUACAAUUAUUGUACAAACAGAAAAAUGUAUACAAUUACAAGAGAUACAACAACAAACUGAACAGAAAAAUUCAUGUUUAUCAUCACAUCAUAUGAAUACAUCCGUAGAACGUUAA